AAAUUUUUCAAUGGCGGCGUAGGUUCCUUCAGAAGAUUUUUUCAGUUUUUUGACCGAAUUUUCGCGAUGUAUCGUGCGUAUCAACCGAUCACUCCGGCCAACAAUCUUUACCUUAAACAUAAUUGGGAUAAAAAUGUGUACAGAUAUCACAGAAGAAAAGUCCAGGCAGCCAAAGCCGUGAUCGACAACCACCCACCAAAAACUUAUAUGCAUCUUCACAUCAAACCUAAAAAAUUACAAAUGGAGGGGGAAAGAUUAGCGAUAGUAGAAAAAGAUAACCGUAUAUUACUAGAGAAGAUGGCGUAUAUUAUGAGAACUGGUGGUCGAGUUGAUAAUGUUAAGAAAGAUUAUUGCAAAAAAAGUUUAAACAAAACUAAACGCUAUCGUGAGUUACUAAGAAUAACCUACGAGAAUCUAGCUAUAUUAAAACGUAUCAACGCCAGGGAACCACAUUAUGAUCAUAACAGAUGGGCUGUCGAAUGGCAGUAUAAUCGAAUAUAUUACCGAAAUAUUUCUAAAUAUCCUGGUAAACUCAAUCAUUCAUUCCGACCAGAGAUAGGGUUUACUAUGGACAGCAAUCUCAAAUGUAAGAUGUUGUCCGAAACCUCACACAGUUCGUAUCUUGAGUCGCAACUACCAAAAGAAGCAAAGAAACUCACAGAUAGAUCUCCAGAGCGAAGUCCGAAAAAGUCUGAAAAAGCGCCUUAGAAAACUGAGAAACCUCCGAAAGAAGAGAGUCAACCCGUCAAAGAGGAGAUAACUUCUGAUGAUAAAAAUGAAAAUAGCGAUGAGAAACCGGAAGAAGAGAAACUUUGAACGGCAAUAAAACUUUUAUUGAAAAUUUUAUAAAUCAAUGAAGAAGGUUUUCAUAAAUAAUAAAAACUGAAUUAAAAAAAAUUCGUACAAUCAAGACAAUUCCGCUAAUCAAAAUCUCGUCUAAAGUAUGGUAAAAUCGAGAGUAAAAGUAGUAUAGUAGUGGUCUCCUCUAAAGAGAAGUACCAUCAGGAAUUUCAAAAAAAGUAAGCAUGGUCUGCUUCGAGCGCGACACCCGCCACUACUAUAUAGGUCAACUUGAGAUACAACCUGUUUCACAAAAACUUAAUUUAGAAUGAUUCUAGUAUUCUAGUAAUCCGAUUGGCCAAAAGCUAAAAUCAAUUUUAAUACCAGCUUUUAAAGCCAAUCAGAUUAGUUAAUUUCUUAAAAUCUUGUCUGUUAUUUAGUAAAAAGUUUGUGAAACAGGCCCCAGAUGACUAGAUUAGAUAAUUAACUAACUAUUAACCAUGUGUAGAUAUUACCUGUUUUAAACUUAUACUUUGGAAAAUGCCAAGUCUUAUCUAAGAGUGUUUUUUUCACAUUAAAGGGAAAGGUUCGCAAUUUUCGAUGGUUGACUGACCCCCACUCAUCUAAUUGAGCCAAUGUUUUUGGAAAAGUCCCUUGGUUGUGACAGAGUCAUUGUAAUUUCAGAAAUAACAUUUUUCUCUCUCAAAUACAUAAAGUUCUGUAGCUGGUCUCUCUAGUGUGACUGGGUAUUAUCACUUUUGAGUGAAACUUCAUGCUCCAUGUCAAUUUGCC